AUGGCUAAGCUUUCCCCACUUGAAGAGCCCCUUCUAAAUGGUGACUCCCGUGCAAGCAACACUUCUGAUCCCAGUAAGACUAAAGGAAAUGAAAAUUUAACCCGAUAUUCAAAUGCUGGAUUUUUCACUAUUCUCACUUUCUCGUGGAUCAGCCCAUUAAUAGCACUAGGCAAUGAGAAGACUUUAAACCACGAGGACAUCCCACUUCUUGCCACUGAUUGCAGUGCCUAUGGGCUUUUUCAAACUUUUAGAAAUAAACUAGAGUCAGAGUGUGGUAGUGUUCGAAAUGUGACCACUCUUAAGCUGGCGAAGGUGUUAUUCUUGUCAACAAGGCAAGGGAUCCUUUUAUCAGGUUUAUUUGCAUUCCUGUAUACUUGUGCUUCUUAUGUUGGACCCUUUCUUAUUGACACCCUUGUUCAAUACCUAAAUGGAGAACACAUGUUAAAAAAUGAAGGAUAUAUUUUGGCUGCGUCAUUUGUUGCUGCAAAGCUUUUGGAGAGUGUUUCAGAUAGGCAUUGCAUGUUUAGGUACCAGCAGGUUGGAGUUCAAAUGCAAUCAAAGUUGGUGGCAAUGAUCUAUGCAAAAGGUUUGACACUUUCGUGCCAAUCAAAGGAGGUUCAUAGCACUGGGGAAAUCAUCAACUUAAUGACUGUCGAUGCUGCAAGGAUUGGAGAAUUUUGUUGGUACAUGCAUCGACCCUGGAUGUGUGUUUUGCAAGUUGCUCUAGCCUUGUUAAUUCUCUACAGAAGUGUAGGGGUUGCUUCAAUAGCUGCUCUUGCUGCCACUGUAAUUGUGAUGUUGCUUAACCAUCCUGUGGCAUCAUUGCAAGAAAAGUUUCAAGGCAAGGUAAUGGAGUUCAAAGAUAAAAGAAUGAAGGCUACAUCUGAGAUUCUAAAGAAUAUGAGGAUUCUAAAACUGCAAGCAUGGGAGAUGAAGUUCUUAUCAAAGGUUAUUGAGCUUAGGAAAACUGAGGAGAUAUGGCUAAAGAAAUUUCUAGCUGGUUCAGCAAUCGUUAGAUUUCUCUUCCAUAGUGCCCCAACUUUUAUUGCAGUGGUUACUUUUGGUACUUGUGUUCUUAUAGGCAUCCCACUUGAAUCAGGAAAGGUCUUAUCUGCACUUGCAACAUUCCGAAUUCUUCAAAUUCCUAUCUACUCUCUUCCUGACACGAUUUCAUUGAUUGCACAAUCUAGGAUUUCUCUUGAAAGGAUUGCAUCAUUUCUUCGUUUAGAAGAGUUGCACACUGAUGUAGUAGAGAAGCUUCCUCGGGGUAGUUCUGAUAAGGCAAUUGAAUUAGUAGAUGGAAAUUUCUCUUGGGAUUUAUCUUCUUCUAAUCCAACAUUGAAAAACAUAAAUCUCACAGUUUUUCAUGGUAUGAGGGUUGCUGUAUGUGGUACUGUUGGAUCAGGCAAGUCUAGUUUACUCUCUUGUAUUAUAGGGGAAGUACCAAAGAUAUCUGGGACCGUGAAAAUAUGCGGAACAAAGGCUUAUGUUUCUCAAUCGCCAUGGAUACAGAGUGGCAAGAUAGAAGACAACAUAUUAUUUGGUAAAAAGAUGGAUAGAGAAAAGUAUGAGAAGGUGCUAGAAGCAUGUUCCUUGACAAAAGACCUUGAGGUUCUACCAUUUGGUGAUCAGACCAUUGUUGGAGAGAAAGGUAUCAAUUUGAGUGGUGGACAGAAGCAAAGAGUGCAAAUAGCCCGUGCUCUAUACCAAGAUGCUGAUAUAUAUCUUUUUGAUGAUCCAUUCAGUGCGGAGUGCUUGCUUGACCUUCUAAAAUCAAAAACUGUGAUAUACAUAACUCAUCAAGUAGAAUUCUUACCUGAUGCUGAUCUGAUAUUGGUCAUGAGAGAAGGAAGAAUAACUCAGUCAGGAAAAUACAAUGACAUUCUCAGGUCAGGGACUGAUUUUAUGGAACUUGUAGAUGCACACAGAGCAGCUUUAUCUUCAUCAAUUAUGUCCUUAGAGAGAAGACCAACAUUUAAACAAUCAAGUACCACCAAGGAGAACAAAAAUUCAUUAACUGAUUUAGAAUUUGAGCAAAACGAGGAAAAUAAAUAUGAUCAAAAUGAUAGUAUAGAUGACCCAAAUGAAUCAAAAGGACAACUUGUUCAAGAAGAAGAACGGGAAAAGGGUAGAGUUGGGUUUAAUGUAUACUGGAAAUACAUCACAACAGCUUAUGGAGGAGCUCUUGUACCCUUCAUAUUACUAGCUCAGACACUCACUGUGGGUUUUCAGAUUGCAAGCAAUUACUGGAUGACUGUGGCGACUCCUGUUUCAGUAACUGGUGAACCUGAUAUUGGAAGCUUUACACUUAUGGUUGUCUAUGUCGCUUUGGCAAUUGGAAGUUCAAUUUUCACCCUUGCCAGAUCAUUUCUUGGUGUGAUAGCUGGAUACAAGACAGCCACUAUGCUCUUCAGUAAAAUGCAUUUUUGUGUUUUUCGAGCACCAAUAUCUUUUUUUGAUUCCACCCCAAGUGGACGAAUCCUUAAUAGAGCUUCAACAGACCAAAGUGCAUUAGAUGUGGACAUUCCAAGCUUAGUAUGGGCAAUUACCCUCAAUUUGCUUCAAUUCUUGGGAAAUAUUGUUGUAAUUUCUCAAGCUGUGUGGCAGGUGUUUAUAGUAUUGAUUCCUGUGAUGGCAGCAUGCAUAUGGUACCAGAGAUACUAUUCUGCAUCAGCGAGGGAAUUGGCACGAUUAGUUGGUACAUGUCAAGCUCCAGUUAUACAACAUUUUUCAGAAACAAUUUCAGGAUCAACAACCAUAAGAAGUUUUGAGCAAGAAUCAAGAUUUAAUGAUAUAAAUUUGAAAUUGAUAGACAGAUAUUCCCAGCCUAAAUUAUACAGUGCUACUGCAAUUGAAUGGUUGAAUUUCAGAUUGGAUGUUUUAUCCACUCUCAUAUUUGCCUUCUGUCUGGUGUUCUUGAUAUCUUUUCCAAACUCAAUAACUACUCCUAGCAUUGCUGGAUUGGCUGUGACAUACGGACUUAAUCUAAACUCUCUACAGACUAAUAUAAUCUGGUUCCUUUGCACUUUGGAGAACAAAAUUAUAUCUGUUGAAAGAAUACUCCAGUACACAUCCCUCCCAAGCGAAGCUCCUCUUGUGAUUAAAGACAACCAACCGGAAGAUUCUUGGCCAUCAUUUGGGGAGGUUCAUAUCCAGGAUUUACAGGUUCGAUAUGCUCCUCACUUGCCUAUUGUUUUACGAGGUCUUACUUGUACUUUUACUGCUGGAGCAAAAACUGGUAUUGUGGGAAGAACAGGAAGCGGAAAAACAACUCUAGUGCAAACACUUUUCCGACUUAUUGAACCUGUUGCUGGACAAAUAUUGAUAGAUAGUAUUAACAUCACUUUGAUCGGAAUUCAUGAUUUGCGGUCUAGACUAAGCAUUAUUCCUCAAGAACCAACAAUGUUUGAAGGGACUGUAAGAACCAACCUGGAUCCACUGGAAGAGUACACAGAUGACCAGAUUUGGAAGGCUUUGGAGAUGUGCCAACUUGGAGAUGAAGUAAGGAAAAAAGAAGGGAAGCUUGACUCCAUAGUUACUGAGAACGGAGAAAAUUGGAGUAUGGGUCAAAGACAAUUGGUCUGUCUUGGUCGUGUUCUACUUAAGAAAAGCAAGAUCUUGGUGCUUGAUGAGGCUACUGCAUCAGUUGAUACAGCUACAGAUAAUAUUAUUCAUCAAACAGUUAAGCAACAUUUUGCUGAAUGCACGGUCAUUACCAUUGCUCAUAGGGUAACUUCGAUCAUCGAUAGUGACAUGGUUCUGUUUUUAAAUCAAGGGUUGAUUGAGGAAUAUGAUUCACCAAAGAAACUGCUUAAGAACAAAUCUUCAUCUCUAGCUCUACUGGUUGAAGAAUACACAAGGAGAUCAAACUCUGGUUUUGGAAAUUAA